AUGAGUGUGGGAAGGAUCAAUCGCUACAGCAUUGUGUCAUCUGAGGAAGAGGGCCUCCGCCUCACUACCAUGCAUGGUAUGAACGGCUUUGGCAAUGGCAAGAUCCACACACGCCGCAAGUGCCGCAACCGCUUCGUCAAAAAGAAUGGCCAGUGCAAUGUGCAGUUUGCCAACAUGGAAGAUAAGUCCCAGCGCUACAUGGCCGACAUCUUCACCACCUGUGUCGAUAUUCGCUGGCGAUGGAUGCUGUUAGUCUUCACUCUUGUGUUUGUUGUCUCCUGGUUGGCCUUCGGCUUAGCCUUUUGGGUCAUUGCUUUGCUGCACGGAGAUUUGGAUAACCCAGCCGGAGAUGACAACUUCACUCCAUGCGUCCUGCAGGUCAAUGGAUUUGUGGCUGCCUUUCUAUUCUCCAUUGAAACACAGUCUACCAUAGGUUAUGGCUAUCGCUGUGUGACUGAAGAGUGCCCGGUGGCUGUCUUCAUGGUGGUCUUUCAGUCCAUAGUGGGUUGCAUCAUUGACUGCUUUAUGAUUGGCGCCAUCAUGGCCAAGAUGGCGAGACCUAAGAAGCGAGCACAAACACUGUUGUUUAGCCACAAUGCUGUCAUUGCCAUGCGGGAUGGAAAGCUGUGCCUGAUGUGGAGGGUGGGGAACCUUCGCAAGAGCCACAUUGUAGAGGCCCAUGUCAGGAGCCAGCUCAUCAAACCUCGGAUCACUGAUGAGGGGGAAUACAUUCCUCUAGACCAGAUAGACAUUAAUGUGGGCUUUGACAAAGGUCUGGACAGGAUUUUCUUGGUUUCACCCAUCACUAUCCUCCAUGAGAUAGAUGAGGAGAGCCCCUUGUUUGGGAUCGGCAAGCAGGACUUGGAGACAGCAGACUUUGAGAUUGUCGUCAUCUUGGAGGGGAUGGUUGAAGCAACUGCCAUGACCACGCAGGCUCGCAGCUCCUACUUGGCCUCUGAGGUCCUUUGGGGUCACCGUUUCGAGCCGGUCUUGUUUGAGGAGAAGAACCUGUACAAGGUGGAUUACUCUCACUUUCACAAAACCUACGAGGUGCCGUCCACCCCCCACUGCAGUGCCAAGGACAUGGUUGAGAACAAGUUCUUGGUCCCAAGCUCGAACUCUUUCUGCUAUGAAAAUGAGCUGGCCUUCCUAAGCCGCGAUGAUGAGGUGGAGGAUGUAGGUGGUGGUGGCAGGGCACUGGCGAACCUCAGUCCGGACCGGAACAGCCGACAUGAGUUUGAACGCUUACAGGCCACCAGGUCGUUGGAUCAGAGGUCAUAUCGUAGAGAAUCGGAAAUAUGA